AUGAAUCUAUCUGAAGAUGUAAUUUUUGAGAUUUUAACAAGAUUACCUGUAACUUCUUUGAUAAGAUUCAAAUGUGUUUGCAAAUUCUGGUAUUCUCUAAUCAACAACCCUAAUUUCAUCUCGAAGCAUUUGUAUAACCUAAAUAACAAACAAAAUCAUCUUCAUUUGCUAAUUAGUCGCCGCGGAAACAUUACAAAUAAAAGGAUCCUCUCAUUGUCACAAAAUGACACAUUUGAUGUUUUCAUCAAUCAAGAUUUUCCAGAAUACUUCAAUGACAAAUUUGGUCACAUAAGACUUAUAGGUCCAUGUAACGGCAUUGUUUGUUUAUGUGGUUAUCCAGAUAACAUUGUUCUAUGGAAUCCAUCAAUUAGAGAGUACAAAAUAUUACCUCAAUCACAAAUUCAACGUCUUGUUGGAUCAACAGUACGUGGGAGUGAUUUUGGAUUAGGGUUUGAUUCGAAGAAAAAUGAUUAUAAGGUAAUACAAAUUUUAUUUUGUCUAUCGAUUGAUCGUGUUUUUGUUUAUCAAGUUGAGAUAUACUCUUUGAAUACAAAUUCUUGGAAGAAGUAUAAAGGGAUUGUGCCAUCUAAAAUAAAGUAUGGUAAUACUUCAUGGAGUAUGGUUUAUGAAAAUGAGAUUUUUUGUUGGUUAGGUCAAGAUGCUGAUAAUCAUGAGGUGAUACUUUUGUUUAACAUGAGUGAAGAGAUUUUUCAAAAUAUUAAGUUACCAUCAAAUAUUGGAACUUUUGGAGAGCAAGAAAUUAAGAGGAGUGUUUGGGUGAUUGUACCAUUUAAGGAAUCAAUUUCACUUAUUGUUUAUUGUUUAAAAGAAGUGGAGAAGUGUUAUGAUAUAUGGGUGAUGAAUAAUGAAAUGGGAGUUGAAAAUUGUUGGACUAAAUUGCAAAGAAUUGGUCCUAUUUCUAGGGUGGAAAGGCCUUUAGGGUUUUGGAAAAAUGGUGAGCUAAUUUUGGAAAAUAGCUCUGGUCAAUUAGUGAUUUAUGAUCCUUCAAAUCAAGAAAUGAAGACACUUGGAUUUUAUGGGAAAAGAGGCAGGCUGGAAAUAGUUGUUUAUAAGGAGAGUUUAGUUCCAAUCAAUUGAUA